CUCAGCCAGGGCCUGGUCUCCAGCCGGGGCCGAGGCUGGAGGCUGGGGGAAAGGGGCCAGGAAGUCUGGGGCUUCCUCCCUUAUCCAGUUCCCCCGAACCCAGCUGCUAAUAGGAUGUUCCCCCAGUGUCUCCAGCCACACGAGGUGUCCGCCCCAGAGUCAGGAAGGAGAGCUGACAAUAGGGCUCCUGUGUGCUGUGGUGGCUGGGGGUUGGGGCAGGCACGGGCUCAGGCAAAUGAGCGGGGCGCACACAGAUAAAGAGGCAUGUGCGCGGUCUGCGCUCUGUUCCCAUUUAGCGCUGGCCAGAAUGGCGGGCAGCCUGAAGCGGCUCCCCGAAGAGGCAGGGGACAGCCGGGCCCUGGCCAAGCUGCAGGAGCUGGCCCUGACGUGGUUCACGGAGACGCAGGCGCCCCUCAUCCUGCAGGACGGAGCCCUGCCCCCCUGGUUUCACGGAUUCAUUACCCGCAAGCAGACGGAGCAGCUGCUUGGGGACAAGGCUCUCGGCUCCUUCCUCAUCCGCCUCAGUGACCGGGCCACCGGCUACAUCUUGUCCUACAGGGGCAGCGACCGCUGUCGGCACUUUGUCAUCAACCAGCUGCAGAACCGGCGCUACCUGGUCUCGGGGGACACCCACAGCCACACCACCCUGGCUGACCUUGUACGCCAUUACCAGGAGGUGCAGUUUGAGCCCUUUGGGGAGACCCUGUCUGCUGCCUGUCCCCGGCUGGAGGACAGUGAUCUCUAUGAUGCCAUCACCCUGGGCCUCCACCACACCAGUCUGGGCCUGGAAAACCCACCUGCCACAGCGUCCCCCAAGGAGGUCCCGGACGAGGCUGCCAGCCCCUGGUCCUGCCCAAAGCCUCAGGUCUCCCCCCUCCACACCAAGAAGAGCCUGGAUGCCAGUUCCAGCAGCUUCUCUGAGGACGAAUGGCUGGCGGCCCCCGACAGGGUGCCCCUCCUCCCGGAGAGGAGCGCCUCCCUCCUGGACGAGUCCUUUGGAAGCCCCAGCGGCAGCGUCUACUCAGCCCUGAGGAGGGUGAACCAGGCACGGCUAGGCCUGGGCACAGAGGCGUCCGGCAGGCCCCAGGCGAGCUCCCCAAGCAAGGAGCCCCCGAAGAGACUCUCGGCUGGAGGCCAGAACAGGCCUGAUGGCCCGGGGUCUGCCCUCUCUGGGGUGAGCUCUGAGCAGGGUCCUACGGGGCCUCCCACGCCCCGGGGCCACCUCCUGCCCCCUGCUUCUGAGGCCCCGCGAUCCUUGGCUGCCCCCUGGAGCCAGGCGUCUCAGAAGCUGGGCCACAGGGCUCAGCCCUGCUCCCAGGGCCGUUCUGCAGACACAUACGAGCUCCUGCAGACAGCAGGGCCCCCAUCAGAGCCCAGGGACAUGCCGGACCUAGAAGGCAGUGCCUACGCGGAGGUCCCGGGGCGCUGGGGGGGCCCAGCCAGGCCCCCGUGUCCCGGGACCAGUCCUCUAUCUAGCAAGCUGCCAGGAUCCGCAGACUACGGCUACGAGAGGCUCUCAGGGGCCCCGGAGCUCCCCGAGCCCAGGAACACCUAUGAACAAAUCCCAGCAGGCAGGAGCAAGGAGAUUGGACGGACACACAAGGUGGGCUCCAAGCCAGACAAGCUCCGGAAGAUCUUCUUUACCGACAAGAAGCACAAGUCCUGA